AUGGACAGCGUUGAGCGAAAUGACCUUCCUCACUACAGGCAGCCUUAUCUUGCUAUUGCCCUGGACGAGGUCCAGCUGGAUGUCCUCGGACAGCGGGUAGAAAAGAAGUCCCUUUCAUUUCUGGAGAGAGUGAAGGCACAAUGUUGGUGUUCUGGUCCCAGGUUGAAGAGCUUCCUGCUGGGCUUUUUUCCUGUCCUGUCAUGGCUGCCUUGCUACUCCAUCAGAGAAAACGCCAUUGGAGUGGUGUCUGGAGUCAGUGUCGGCAUCAUGCAGCUGCCACAGGGUAUGGCCAACGCCAUGUUGGUGGGAGUUCCUCCAGCCUUUGGUCUCUAUACCUCUCUCUAUCCUCUGAUCAUCUACUUCAUCUUCGGCACCUCCAGACACCUCUCCAUUGGUACUUUUGCCGUCCUGGCCAUCAUGAUCGGGUCUGUGACAGCCAACGUGGAGUUGCUUAGCAACAGUGUUGAAGGGAGUCAGAUUGAUGUGGAAGCGGCCAAAGUGAACGUGGCUGUACAAGUCACCUUCCUCUGUGGCCUCAUACAGCUCCUGGUGUACCUGCUGCGUGGAGGCGGUGUGUGUCGCUGGCUUUCUGAUCCUGUAAUCAGAGGCUACACCACAGCAGCAGGUCUGCAUGUGAUUGUCCUGCAGCUGCCACUGAUGACUGGAAUAUCUGCACAGAGAUAUACAGGACUGCUGGCUUCAGCUUGGACGUUAAAGGAUGUUCUGCUUGGAGUGACCAGUGCUGUACCAGGAGUGCUGUCAGUCUCAGCGGUUUCCAUGACGAUACUCAUCACAGGCAAGAUGCUGAAUGAGCGCUUUAAGAACAAGCUGCCUGUCGCCAUACCGUGGGAACUUAUACUGAUUGUCCUGGGCACCAUCCUGUCAGUGCAGAUGGAUCUGGUUGGACAGCACACAGUCCAGGUGGUGGGACACAUACCCAGUGGCCUGUCUUUCCCGGUCCUCCCGUCUCUCUCUCAGGCCAGAGAGCUGUUCAUUCCAGCACUGUCUGUAGCUCUGGUCGGCUUCAGUUUCCUCUCAGCCAUGGGCUCAGUGUUCGCCCACAAACACGGCUACCGUGUGGACUCCAGUCAGGACCUGCUGGCUCUGGGUCUGUGCAACACCAUCGGAGGAAUCUUUCAGUGCUUCGCGGUGAGCUGCUCCUUUUCUCGCAGUAUGGUCCAGGACAGCAUUGGAGUCAAAUCACAGAUGGCUGGUUUGGUAUCAGCUCUGGUGAUUCUAACCAUCCUGUUGAAGAUUGGUCACCUCUUUGAGCAGCUGCCAAAGGCGGUGUUGGCAGUGAUCAUCGUGGUGAACCUGCAAGGGAUACUGGCUCAGUUCAAAGAUGUGUGUGUGCUCUGGAAAUCUGACAGACUAGACCUGCUUGUGUGGGUCGCAUCGCUGAUUUCCACGCUGGUCUUUAACCUGGAUCUUGGUCUGGCUGUGGCUGUCAUCUUUUCUCUGCUCACACUAAUCUACAGGACACAACACUCUUCCACUGUUGUUUUAGGUCGUAUUCCUGGUACAGACUGUUACAGGGACGUGGGACUCUACACUGAGGCAAAGCAAAUCCCCGGGGUGACUAUACUCUCCUAUUCCAGUCCUAUUUACUUCGCCAAUUCUGAAGUGGUCUUCACACAGAUCAGACAGACAGUGAGUCGUGAUCAGAAGGAGAACCCAGCUGGAGUCCACACCUCCUCUUCCUCCUCCUCCUCAGCCCAGACGUCAACACACACUCACUGGUUGCUUCUGGAUCUCAGCUCAGUCACCUUUAUGGAUUCUGUGGCCGUGCCAGCACUUUGCAAGGUUGUAGAAGACUUAGAGGUCCAAGGUGUCUCUGUGUUUCUGGCGGCGUGUCCAGAGAGAGUUUUAUCCCAGCUCCAGACUCACGGUUGCGUACCAGACUGCCUGCCCAGCUCAUGUCUUUUCCCUUCAGUCCAUCAUGCUGUCCAGCGCUGCCUCAGCAUCCUGCCCAAACCUCUGGAGGAAAUCAAUCCAGAUGCAAGUGAAUGUUGAACCUACAUGACUGCUGCUUUUGAAUGUGCUACAGGACAGUGAAGUCAUCUGACUGUAAUGGAGACGGAAAGAAAAAUCCUGGGGUCAUAGUUUCAGGGCUUAAAGAUGACAGAAACAACAUAAAAAAAACCAAACUUCUU